AUCCCUCCAUUCAAGCGCACAAAGCGCUAAAUUCAAGCUUCGAAUCGUGCGAGCAGGUACCUAACUAAUCCGUGUCGGCGAUGUUUGCUUCGUUCGCUGUAGCAAGUGUCGGUGUGGUCAAACAGAACACGGUAGCCAGGUAAUUACGGCUUUAACGCUGAAAGGAUAGAUGCACCGUUCUCAAUGCGGCGAUCGGAUUUCACGUUCAAUUGCAGCGUUGCGGAGCGAUAAUUUUAGUGCAAUAGUGACAGAAGACAGAUAAGCGGUAGAGAAUAAGCGUAGUAGGCUGUAGCGAGUCAAACAAAUUGAGUCAGCAAAGUUUCACAUUGAGAUUUGGUGUGCGCUGUGCGUUGGGAGUCUUUAGAGGAAACCCCGCUGCCUUGGUAGGCUUAAGAUCUGAUCCGUCGGUGCAGGUGGAAACACAAUAAAACGACUCAUUUGGUUGCUGAAUGGUAAACAACCACCCUCAGCACGAUGUCCCGUUCCGCUCGAGUAGAGAUGCGAAGUGCCAGCGCCAAACGAGAACAGCAGCUCUACAGCCCUGGCAGUGGACCACUGCGUAAAACGCAGCGAACGGACAGCAACCGCUCGUUGAACGCCAACCCGCAUUCGGAUCCGUCACCUCCGCCGGUUAAUAGACUGAUUCAACGAGGCUCAGCCGGUGGUCGCAACUCCAACCGGCGACGCUCACCGUCCACCGAAUCUUACCACGGUCAAGAAUACGGUUUCCGGGAGGCACGUGGGCCGCCCGAAGGUGGAAGCAUCAAUCGGCGAUUAGAGGUCCAUGCCUACCCCCCUGCGAGUGGCAACCACACAAUUCGGCUAGAAUCCGAACCACCGCCCAGCAGCAUGUCGUCCAACGCUCAAACGGCCGGUGGCAUGCGAAACGUUCGUUCGGAUCAGAUGAAUCGCGAUGCACGCGGUUCGAAAAAGAAACCACCGAUUCCGUCGUUAUCACACCUGGAAAAUCUGCCACCUCGGUUGCAAAAGAAAACGCUCCAGGAGCAUGGCCUUCCUCCGGAUUACUUGGAAAAAAUGCGCGCCGAGCAGCAGCGGGCGCAGACGCUUCCAAUAAGAGGAUCGAAUCGACACUCUAGGGGCCGCAUCCGUUACUCGGGCAGUGGCGGUGGAGGAGGAGGUGGACCAGGGCCGUAUCCAAGCAAUACUAUGGGCAGCCGACCGAUGGUGGAGGAAUAUCAUUCGCAUACGCGGAGUCGUUCUUCCGAUGUCGGUUCGAAUGAACGAUAUCCCCCAUGGCCGAAUGCCGGCGAUCGCCCCCGCGAACAUCAAUCCGGUCGAGCGGACAGUAGAAAUUCUAGCUGCGAGCGGAAUGACCGUGACCGCACUUACAGCGGUGGCAGCAAAUUCCGUCACUAUUCGUCCGGGAGCUCUCGCGGACAGGAAAACUCGAACAAUGAUAAUUACUCAGGAUCAUCUACUCAAGCAUUUGAUGACCGAAGGGAAUCGAUCAAUGGUGGCUCUGCUUUUGGAGAAAUAUGUGACUGGGCCCAGGAAGAACCUAUCCCGCAUCAAAUGCCUGUGAUGUCUAUAACGGGUAGACACGGCGGGGAUGUUGAUCUGCCACUUCCACCAAACGCUGGGAAGCAAACGACAAACUUCUCUGGUAGCAACCGAAAUAGACAUCGAAAUCGAAGCAAUUCGGGGUCCAGAAACGAUUACUACGACGAGUUCAAGAUGCCGUACCAUCCACAUCGGGGAUCGAAUCGUAGCCGAUGCAACUCGCAGUCUUCCAAUGCAAGUCGGGAAAAUAGUGCCGAUCGCAUCUAUUCUCGCCCUGGCAGGGACCAAGGACACCGCGAUGCGAGCCGUGAUAGAUACUACGGAGGAGCCGGACGCUUCCGGCAACAUUCACGCGAUCGUUAUAUAAACCGUAGCCGGGAGGCUAGCAUGGACCGUGGCAGGAAUGCCGAUCCCCUGCACGAAGGUGGAGGUAGUUGGCGUAGCAUUGGAGAAAUUCAUCCACCGUUGCAUCACGCAGCUGCGGAUAAAACCGUCCACGCGAUCGCUGAAAUGACGAAACAGUUCGAAAACUCCGUCAGCAUCCAAAGAACACCAGGUGUGUUGGUGCUUCCACCCAAGGCGUCCACUAGCGCACCGGACGCACCGUCUCGAGGCGUUGGGCAGAGGAUCGGUGCGGGUGAUGUUCCAAGCGAACCGAAGCUGCUGUUCGAUCCGAAAAAUCCGUCACGACCGAUCGUCGUCGAACAGCCACUGCUACGGACAAAUCUGAAAACACCGCGUAUGAAUGCGAGUAGAGAGGUGCCGGUGAGGCCUGGUGAUGAUACGACCCGUGCGCGACAUCAAGCGGCGGAGGGUCCAGCGUGGUACGAUCCCAAUUCGCGCCAGGCGAAAUUGUUGCGUCAACGCGACCUCGUCUAUCAGGUGGCCGAGGCAGAUGCGUGCCUUCAGGAUUUGCUCAACGGUGGGCAACUGUUCGCCGACUGGCAGCGGUAUCUUGAGCUGCGCCAGGAGCUACAGCGACUGCUGCAGACGUUUCUUCUACAAGAGAUGCGCUUCGCCCAGGACGUCAACCUGGAGCAUCACUUCUGGCGGUUGCUUUACUACAACGUCGUCGAGCAGCUGCGCAAACUGCUGAACGAUGCCCCGAACGCGGAGGAGAAGGACUUCCUGCAGAAGAGCGCGCUUGAGGUGGUGGAAAACGGGGUCGCGUACUUCGAACAGCUGCUCGGUCUGCUCGAGCGCACGUACGGUUUCAACCUGGAGCAGUUCGUCGGUGUCAAUGCGGCGUCAAAUGUCAAAGGACUGAAGUAUACGCUUGCCCUCGUAUCAGCGCAGAAAAUUUGCCUCUUCCUCGGCGACCUGGCGCGCUACCGGGAGCAGAUCAGUGAGGGGAACAACUUCCGCAAAUCGAAGCAGUGGUACGUGAAGGCCCAACAGAUCCAGCCGAAGCACGGCCGCCCUUAUAACCAGCUAGCGCUGCUCUCGGUGUACGCGAAACGGAAGAUCGAUGCAGUUUACUUCUACAUGCGGAGCCUGAUGUCAUCCAACCCUUUCGAAUCUGCACGUGAAAGUUUGAUGGAUUUGUUCAACGAGACGAAGAAAAAGUACGAAAGCAAUCAGCGAAAGCGUGAGGAUAAGCUGCGGGCUCGGCUGAAGGAAAAAGAGCGCCGCUUCGAUGGCAACCUGCGGCGUGAGACCUGGAUCCAUCCGGAGGGCGGCUCGCGGGUACAUCGCACCGCCCCGCUCGAUCCGCUCGUUGGUGGCCCAGCCGGAGACUCGAGCGACGCGGAGGAGCUGCGUGGCCUCUGCUCGAUCGAGCUGAACAAACGCUUCAUCAUCAGCUUCCUGCACGUGCUGGGGAAACUGAUCACCAAGACUGGCAUGGAAUCGUUCAGCCAGUGCGUGCUGCAGAUGCUGCUCGAGUUCCGCGCCCUGAUGCAGUACACGCCGAUCGCCGUCACCAGCCACCGGUUGCUGCAGCUGAUGUCACUCAACAUGUUCGCCAUCGAGAUGAUGAAGCAUAAAGAGAAUGCGCCGCCCGCCGCCAGUCCGCCCGGAAGGAGCGAAAUGCAGGAGUGCGCCCUGGUCGCCGGGUUUCUGAUGUUCGGCAUCCUGCUGGAGCGGCUCGUGCAGCUGAUACGGGGAGCGAUGGAUGCUUCGAGCGAGCUCGCUGGUGGUGGUACCGCGUCGGCAGCGAACAAACUCAUCCUGCCCGAGGAUGCGAAGGCGAUACUCCCGAGCAUCAAGGUGUGGUGUGAUUGGAUGAUGUACCAUACCGAGACGUGGAACCCUCCGCCGUGCUGCUCGGAUUACAAGAUAGGCAACUCCAGUGCACACGAUCCUUGGUCCAGCUUUGCCGAAUUGAUCAGCAUACUCAAAAAUCUCGACACCAAUCGGGAGAUUCUAUCGCUGGAGCAGAAGGAAGAUUACGAACUAGUGCGACUGCAAGAGGACAUCACCCUGGCAGGGUUCACGCCCCUGAUGUACAACGCGCUGGAGCCCAUCUUUGUGCACCGGGAGCGCGAUAUGGAGGAGGCUCAGAACGUAUUGCGCAUCCAGAAGCUGAUCUACUUCGGCACCGCGUGUCUGUGCACCUGCGACCCUCCCGUACUCAGCCGGGAAACAUCGGCCACCGCCAACGGGGAGUGUGGCCCGGUUCGGUUCGUGAGCGUCGUAACGAAUCGCAUCGAAGAGCUGGCCGAUAUGGAUAUUCUGCUGGAGAGCUUCAGCGACGAGGAGCUGGAUGUGAGCGUCCUGAGUGACGAGCCGGAGCACGGCAAGGUGCAGUCGAAGGUCUCCUCCAGCGCGUCGGUCGAGGAUGGCAGCGGUGGUGCGGGCGGAGCCGGUACCGCCCUCUCGUCAUCCGACAGCGGCAUACCAAGCAGCAGCAACAGCAGUUGCACCAGCUCGCGCAGCCUUGAGACGCGCAAGCUGUUGCGCCGCAAGGACGAGCUCGAGCGCAAGCAGCGCAUGCAGGAGAAGCACAACCAGCGGCUGCAGAACAUCCUGUCGCAGAGCACCAUCGCGCUGAACAUCGAGGUAAGGCCGCGGCUGCUGGUGCCCGACACGAACUGCUUCGUCGACUACCUGCCCGCCAUCGAGCUGAUCGCCAAGGCGCACUCGCUCUACCAGCUGAUGGUUCCGAUCAUCGUAAUCAACGAGCUGGAGGGACUAUCGAAAGGCAUCCGGCCGGCGUACAAACACCCAACCUCGGCCGGUUCGGUCGUCAGCGAGAUGAUAGUGGCGAAGAUAGCGGCGGGGGUGGCCCAGGAGCCGACGCUUCCGAUCAGCAGGGGUACGCCGGUGGUGGGCGACGGUGGCUUCACCGACCCGACCGGACCCGGAGCGGAUGCGGCGAACCUGCUGCACGUGGCGAAGGUGGCCGAAGCGUCGAAGCAGGCCCUGCUCUUCAUCAGAUCACGCAAUCCAACCGUGAAAUGUGUCACCACCAAGGGUUCCGUCCUGAAGACGACCACCUUCACGGUGGAGGACGACGUCGGCGAGCUGAAGUCGAACGAUGAUCGGAUCCUCGAGACGGCCUUGAACCUCUGCCGGCACCAGCCCGAAGAAACGAGAGGUGGGACGCGGUACGUACUGCGCGAUGUCGUGCUACUGACAACGGAUCGCAACCUGCGCGUGAAAGCCCUCUCGAACGAUCUGCCCGUCCGGGAGCUGCCGGACUUUAUCAAGUGGGCCGGUCUCAGUGCCUAACACAACACACACACACACACCAGUCAUCGAACGAGGAUGCGGGAAGUCGCCCCGGUACACCCGGUGCCAUAUCGGUGUAGCAACGAGUACCCUUACAAACCACCACCCGAGACGAGGCUCGCUCAUCUCUUUCUCUCCAGCUCACCUCUCAGAAGGUUUCCAGGUGUCCGUGGCGCUACUUAACUAGCUGGUAAAGAAGCUGUUUGACUGUGUUUCUGUUGCGACCGGCGACAGGAGCCGCGAAGAUAUAUCACACCACGCGCGUUGUUCCCCCGCUGUGGUGCUGCUGCCAAUGUGAUCGAGAUUGUUAUAAACCCCCAAUCCGUUGUGGGUGAUGUGUAUAUUGUACGAACGGUUUACUCUAGCGAGCGUUUUAGAUUACUAUUAUUUCUUAUUGUGUUUAAAAUCACGUACUAGGCAAAUACUGGCAUUCACUUUUACGUUAGCAGCGAUUUUCUUUUACUCCCAAUAAUGUUAAACUUUUUUUUUUAUUUUAACCUAGCGUAGUCGAAUCUCCCCUACUCUCCUUUUUUUUAAGUUUUAUUUUUCGUCAUUCAGCUUCAUGUUCUGUUGGCAAGUAGCUUCACCCUUUAUCCUUUUAAAAACACAAACACACCCCCAAGUGGGUGCUUUUAAACUACCGUUUCUAUGUCAUUUUAAGUUUCCAGUUUGUUGUGAGAACCAAUUGUAUAUUACCCGAGCGUGGGUUAGUUGUAGUUUUUAAAUUCGAUUAAAGUGGAAAAAAAUAAAACCCACACAAAACCAACGAGUGCGCGAGCAAACGAGGGGGACGAUAUUACGAGGCGCGGCGUGAAGACACCACGCGAGUGGUGGUGAGCGCGAACGAUGAUGAUUUGCGCGCAAAAUAGUUUAGUAUCAUUUUAUUGCGAUCCCUUUUUUUUAUUGCCAAGGUCAUGUACACACACGCACACCUCUGGCAUGUGUGAGGUUUCCUGUUUCAGUGUUGCAAAUGAUUGUUUAUCUUUUAAAUGAGCAAACAAAAAAGUCCACAUUUCCAUCAUGGUAAGAGAUAUUGUAAAAAUAUAUACAUAUAAAUGAAAAAAAAGGUAGUAAA